AUCAUGUACAAGACCGUCCUUGUAGUGGCUUUCAUUGCCGUCGCUGUCAUGGCAGCCAGUGUUCAAGGCUCCUUCGCUCUCGGGAUUGGUGCAGGGUUUGGUUCUGGUAUUGCCCUUGGAGGUGGUUACGGUGGAUAUGGAGGUGGUUACGGUGGAUAUGGAGGUGGUUACGGUGGAUAUGGAGGAGGUUACGGUGGAUAUGGAGCAUUAGGUGGGAUUGGGGGUGUUUAUGGGGGUGGUUACGGAUUAGGAGGAGGAUACGGAAAAGGUAUAGCUCUCCCAGUCCCUAUCCCUGUUGCUCUCCCUGUGGCUCUUCCAGUUAAAGGCGGAUACGGUGGCGGCUACGGUGGUGGCUACGGUGGCGGAUAUG